AUGGGGAACUUCGAUCCUGGAAAGUUUGUAGGAAAAUGGUGGUUGAUACGAGUGACAGAACGCGUUUUCAAUAACGACGAGGACUGCGCGCAUUUUGUAGUCACGAAGAAACAAGACAAUAUCUACCACGUUGUAUCCCAGUUCCAUAAGACGAAAAGCGACACGAUCCGCGAGCUGAAAUUUGACGUCGUGGACGAGAGGGAAGAACCCGCGGUCUACGAUCUACUCAUAAAUGGCAAGAAGUUUGUAGAGGUGAAGAUCCUAGGGACGGACUACGAUAAUUGGGCUGCUAUAUACAUCCAAGAAGGCACUUACAGUAUAUACGCGAUUGCGUCUCGUGGUCCGAAACUCGACGCUCAACAUAGCCAGGCUGUCAAUGAGAUCAUGAAGGCCAACAAUGUGAACCCUGAUUUCCAAGAAGUCAAUGGAGCCUGUCCUGACACUAUUUAAGGCUCAUGCAACAGAACGACGCAUUAUCGCGACAGAUUUUCGCUUAUCAGACUGCCUCUCAUCGCGAGUAGGCUCCUAUUGAAGUACAAUACAUCAUC